AUGGGAACCAACAACUUGGGAGGUGAUAUCUCCAUGGUCAAUUUUUCCAAACUUAGCCAACUUAGUAAACUUGGCUUGCGGAAAAAUAACUUCUUUGGUAUCUUGCCGAGAAGCAUCUACUCGUGCAAGUUCUUGAAAGCAAUUCAUGUGAACUACAAUAAUCUAGAGGUUCAAAUACAGCCUGAAAUUCUUUCAUUGAAAUCCCUGUCCUACCUCUCACUUGGUUCGAACAAAGGUUUGACCAAUGUGACAGGGGCAAUGAAGAAACUGAUGGGUUGCAAACGUCUCGUACUUGUUUCCUUGGGAUCUAGUCUUUUAGGUGAGGAAAUGCCGAACGGUGUUGAAAUGGCGGAUUUUAAUGGAUUUCAAAAUCUUCGACUUUUAGAUUUGAGUUCAUGUAACCUUAGUGGUAUAAUUCCCUCAUGGCUAUCGAAGCUGAAAAUGUUACAGGUCUUGGAUCUGAAUCGCAACAGAAUCACAGGCUCAAUUCCAAGUUGGCUGGGCACUCUUCCAAGGUUGCAAAGUUUAGUAAUGGACUUCAACCAACUUUCUGGAGAAUUUCCAAAGGAAUUGUGCACACUACCUAUGUUAGUAUCUAGACAAGCUACAGCUCAAGUAGGUCGUUUUUAUCUUGAACUGCCUAUCUACUACCACCCUAGUGCUGAUGCAAUAACAAAACAGUACAAUUAUUUAUUUUUUGUCCCAGUUAUAUACCUAAGUCACAAUUGCCUUAGUGGGAAUAUACCUAUUGAGAUUGGCCAAUUGCAGCUUCUUCAUGAGCUGGAUCUUAGUGCUAACAACUUCUCCGGCAACAUUCCAGACCAGAUAUCUAACCUAAAGUACAUGGAGAGACUGGAUCUCUCCAUGAACCAUUUGUCUGGAAAAAUCCGGGCAUCAUGCACAGGUCUUAAUUUCUUAUCAAGUUUCAAUGUCUCGUACAAUAAUCUUGGAGGACCAAUACCAUCAAGCACUCAACUCCAAAAUUUCAAUGCUUCUGCAUUUGAGGGGAAUCUGAAACUUUGUGGUGCCCCACUGCCAAAUAAGUGUCAGACAACAAAAGGUGCUGAUGCACCUGAUAUGAGCACCCAAGAUGUAGACACCAAGGAGCAUCAAAUUCCAUGGUUUUAUGUUUCUGUUACACUUGGGUUCAUUACCGGAUUUUGGGGAGUCUGUGGUCCUUUAGUGCUGAUGAGAAAGUGGAGGUAUGCAUAUUACCAUUUCCUUGACAAUGUACAAGACAGGUUCUUGUGA